AUGAAAGAACAAGAAGAAAGCAACGUGAUACUUAACAUUUCGGAUAUUUCAAAAGACAAUGAUGAAGUACCAAAUGAUGAAAUUACAUUUUUCGACAUAAAUAAUAGUAUAAAUCACCUUACAGGAAAGGAAUUUUAUUUCUAUUCAAAUAAUGAUGUAUUUAUUUAUAAACAAAAUAAUCCUCAUGAAUUUUUAAAAGACAAGUCGUCCAUACGGAUUAAGGAUCCAGCAUGUUCUUCCAUACAAGAUAUAAAAUGUAAUGAUGAAAGUGAUACAUCUGAAGAAAGUGAUGAAAAUGAUGCUAUUAAUAUAAAUAAUUCUAUUAAUAUAAAUGAUCAUAUUGAUACAAAUAAUGCUAUUGAUACAAAUAAUCCUAUUGAUAUAAUUGAUCCUAUUAAUACAAAUAAUCCUAUUGAUAUAAAUGAUGAACAUAAAUAUUGUAAACUUAUAGAUUAUAAACAUAAAUAUAAUAACAAUUCUAUAAAUAACAUGAACAAUCUAAUUAAUACCUGUGGUAAGGGAAAUAUAACAAACAGGGAUACAAAUAACUUCAAGAAUAAUAAGCAUAUUAAUAAACAUGUUUAUAAAAAUAAAAAGUCAAAAGGUGAACAUGAUAUAUGUUUCUUUUCUGAUCAUUUGAAAAAUGGCAACCACCUUGAAGAUAAAGUAAAAUUCGUUUUCUCACAAGAAUUAAAUAAAGUGAAUGAUAUUUUUAACGUUGAAGAGAUUAUGAAAAUUAUUAAUAAUUUAAAUUCUAUCAGAAUAGAAAUUGAAACUACCAUUUAUAAAAAAUUAGAAAAGAAAUAUAAAAAUUUUCUUCUUAGUACUGUUAAAAUUAAAGAUAUAGAUUCGGAUAUUACAAAUAUGAAGAAUCAUUUAUCUAAUAAUUUAAAUGAAAUAAAAUGCUUACAAGAAAAAAAAUAUAAAGAGAAAUUACAUAUAAUAGAUUUAAUAUCUAAAAAAAAUUUAUAUAAACAAAUUAAUUUAAUUUUAUUAAUUAUAUUUAUUAUAUCUUAUUACGAUAUUCUACUUUUUAAAAAUAUUUUAAAAAAAAAUUUCGAAUUCUCAUCUAUUGCGUUUUAUCAAUUAUAUCAAUUUAUAAAUCAUAACCAUAAAUUGUUACAACACAUAAAAUGUGUAAAUAAUUUAAAACAUAAAAUGUUCUCUAUCUAUUUUAAUAGAAUAAAAGAAAAUAAUGAAACAAAUUUUGUUCACUUUUUAUUUUCAGAUGAUUCCAAAAAAACAAAUCAAAUAAAUAUUAAUGAACUCUUAACAACAUUAUUAAAAAUUUACUAUUUACUCUUUAAAAUAAAACCAUUUAAUUUUAUCGAUAAUUCUUUAGUAUACAUGUAUCAAUUUUUUCAACAAAUAUCGAAACAAAUUGUUUUCUCAUGCUUUAUGAGAAAUAUGGAAACUCAACAAGAAGAUACUCUUCAUAAAAUAGCUGAAGAUGCUUUAAUAAAAAAUCAAAUAAAUUCGAAAUGUAAAAAUAAAAUUAAUAACACUCUUGAUCAUUUUAAUAAAAUACAUCAAAAAAAACGCAACAAUCAAAAUUUAUAUAAUUCUCCUUAUCAAAAUAAAAAUGUAGAUGAAAUAAAAAAUAAAAAUGUAGAUGCACUACAAAAUCAUAAUAAAGAUAUACUACAAUGUCAAAAUAAAGAUAUACUACAAUGUCAAAAUAUAUAUCAUAAUCUACAAGAUAAAUCUUUUUGUCAAGAUCAGGAUAAUCAUAAAGUAAGUCAAGCUGAAAAGUUCCAACAAAAUUUUUUAUCAUACAAAACGGAACAAUCUGAAGAAUUAAUAGAUCAAGACAUAUCUAUAUAUGACAAAACAAAUUUAACACAUAAUAUGAUAUAUUUAAAAUAUGAUCAAAUUGAUGAAAACAUAAAAAAUAAAAAUAAAAAUAAAAAUUAUGGUUCCAAUAAUAAUAAUAAUAAUAUAAAUGAUAGAGACAUAUACAAAAAUAAUCAUUCAACAAAUCAACAAAAUGAUGCAGAUAAUUUUUUGUUUAUUCCUUUAAACGAACUUGUUCCUAAAUUAAAUGAUACCAGCAGUCUACUUUCACUCAUCAAAAUAUAUGAAAUUUUAUUUGAUGUUUUCAAUAAAUAUGAUUAUAUAAUAAUAUAUCUACUAAAUUAUUAUUUACAAAAAAAUAACGAUAUCUCUAAAUAUCAAACGGAGAAUAAAACAAAAUUUGAUCAUCUUGAAAAAACAAAUCUAACACUAUAUAAUAAAAUAUAUCAAUAUAAUAAUGAUAAUGUACAAACAAUAAAUAUGUACACAGAUAAACUUACAAAUGAAACGUAUCAAGAAAUAACAACAACCAAACAAUUAUCGCAAAAUUAUAAUAUUUAUAAUGAAGAUAUACAUAUACAAAAUAAUGUAACAAAUAAUUUGGAUGAAUCUAACUAUUCACAAUUUUAUAAUAUCGAUAAUAAUCAAAGUAAUAUUUUUUAUAUACCAAACACGUAUAACUCACAUGUAUUAACAUAUUUCUUAAAAAAGGAUACAAUGGAAAAUCAAACAUAUGAUCAAAAAUGUACAAGCAUUAAAAAUAAAAUAGAAUUGUAUUUAAAAGAAAAAAGUAUAAGUUAUAUUUACUCACAAGAAUAUAUUUAUUUUACAUUACAAAAUGCACUACAUUUAAUAUAUGUAAAAAAGAAAUUUUUAAAAAAUAUGGAAAAAGUAAUAAAAACUAUUAUUGAAAAUAUACAAUUUAAUAAUUUCAAUUUUAAUCACUUAUGUUCAUAUAUUUUUCUGACCAUCAUAUAUUGUUUACAUUCAUAUCUAUUCAAAUAUAAUUCUUCAAAUGAUCAAAUAUAUUAUUUAACUAAAAGUCUAAAGGAAAAUAAAAAUAUAAAUGUAUAUGUUAAUCUGAAGGACAACAUAAAUGUAUUUGUUAAUCCGAAGGAUAACAUAAAUGUAUGUGCUAAUCCGAAAGAAAACAUAAAUGUAUAUGUUAAUCCGAAGGAUAACAUAAAUGUAUGUGCUAAUCCGAAGGAUAAUAUAAAUGUCAAUGAAAAAAUACAUGUAAAUAUAAAAAAAAAUGAUUAUAAAUAUAGUUGUAAUACUCUUUAUAAUGAACAAAAGAACGUUUACAUUGAAGAACAUAUAAGAACUUCCAUUUUUGAAGAUCCUAACUUAUUAAAAGACAUUUUACAAAAUCAUGAUAUUUUUCUAGAUGUAGAAAAGAAAUUAAAAAAAAGUUAUUUCCCCACAUUCUAUUAUUUAAAUAUUAAAACGUUAAAUGAUAUGAUUAAUAGAGAUCAUUGGUUACGUAUACCAAAUAAAAUUAAUAAUAAAAUAUGUAAUAACAAUUUUAAUUUUACUUUUAAUUUUAAUAAUAUAUUAACCUUUUAUAAAAACGAAUUUCAUGAUUUUUUAAAUGUGCCUUUUUCUCCGAACCCUUUGAAAAAAUUUAAUUUUGAAAACAUAAGACAAUACCUAUGUUUUGAUCAACAUACACAAAAAUAUGAUGAUGAUAUACCAAAUAUAAAUGUAACAAAUAAAAGUUUUGAUAUAUCUAUUUGUGAUGACAAAAAUGUAAAAAAAGAAGAUUUUUAUUCUUAUAAUAUAUCCUGUUCAAAAGUAGAUAAAAAAAAAAAUAUAUCUGAAACACCUUAUUUCAAUAUUGUAAAUUUUGAGAGUAUUACUUCCAAUUCUAGUAAUUUAUUAACAUGCAUAAUACAAGAUUAUUUUAUUCUUCAAAAUUUAGUUCAUAAUUUAAAAGAAGAUAUACAUAAAUAUAUAUUCAAAUCCAUUGAUAUGUAUAUAUAUAUUAUAUGCUAUUAUUUUAUGAAACGAUCUAAUAUACAAGAACUUUUAAUUAACGUCAAACAAAAUAAAGAGAAAUUAAAUAUAAAUAAUAUACUCUUUAUAAUAAAAAAACAAGAAAAAUAUACAGAAUUGUGUAAAUUUUUACAACAUUAUAAUGAUGAAAUAAAAAAAAAUGAAGAACAUUAUAAUUUCUUAUAUGUAAACAGUAAUAUAAAUACAUCAUUCCCAUCUUCAUCAAAAAAUAAUAUUACACAUGAUAGUAAUAUAAUGAAUGAUAAAAAUUAUUUAUCGAUUUAUCCUUUAAGCAAUUGUUCUAAAAUAUUUAGUUUUACCUCUUUAUAUGCUCUUUCUGAAAAAAUCAUUGCCCUAGAAUCCAUCUUUUGUGUAUUAAUCAAUAUGAAGGAAGAAAUAAUAAAAUUGAAUGAAGAUUCAAAGGAUAAAAAACAAGACCGAGAUAAAGAUAAAGAUAAAGAUAAACAUAAACAUAAACAUAAUAGUAAUAUACAUGUACAAAAAUGUGAAUUACAAUAUAAUAAAAUAGGUACCUUUCCUACAGAUAAUACAGGUGGUAAUUAUGAUGAUGAUAAUUAUUACAUGUUAAAACAAAAUAAUCAUUGCAAUAAUAAGAACAAAAUAUAUUGUAACAAACCCACUAAUGAUGUUAUCUACACAUUUCAAACAUUUCUUGAUAAAAAAUUAAAUAUGAUCAACGAAAUACGUAUAUUAACAUACUGCGAUUCUUUAUAUAAUAUUAUUGACAGUGAAAAUUAUGUUAAUGAAAUUUUAAGAAUUAUUAAUGAAUCCUAUAAUAGUACUAAUAAUGUCGACGAAUAUAAGAAUAAAUAUAAAAAUAAUAAAAUAAACUUAUUAUCAAAUGAUAACUUGAAUAAGAAAACGGAGAAUUUAAAAAAAAAUCUAGACGAAUAUGUGAACCUAUAUAUAAAUAUUUUAAAUGAUAGUAAAAGAAAAUUAAUGUUUUGUUGUGAAGGUAUUUUAUCCAUUGUUAUUCAUUAUCUCUUAUGGAAUUUAAUAAAUUACAUUUUUAAUGUAAACAAUAUUGAAAUAAUACAAAAAAUUAAAUCUGAUUAUUUUCCAGUUACAGAAAAUAUUAACACAAAUAAUAAUAAUAAUAAUAAUAAUAAUAAUAAUAAAAAUAAUAAUAAUAAAAAUAAUAAUAAUAAUAAUAAUAAUAAUAAUAAUUAUCAUCAUAAUAAUAUUUUCAAGUCUUCUAAAAAGGAUAAUUAUAACAAUUUGCUUAAUAAUAAUCAAGAUAUGAUGAAAUCCCAAGACAACCAUUUUCAUAAUCAUGAUAAUAAAAAUUUAGUUUCUACUUUAAGAUAUCAUUUUGAAAAAAUAUCUAAUUGUAUUAAAAAAAAUAUUAUAAAUCUCGAAAAUGAAAUAGACGAUCAAAUAAAUAAUAAUAUAAAUAUACAUAAUUCUAUAUACUAUAAGUUUUAUAAAGAUCUAAAAAAUCCAGAAAAUCCAUUGUAUCAAUAUUAUUAUAUCUAUCUAUCGAAAGGAAACACAUUCUUUGAUCAAUAUAUAGAUUUACAUUUUUAUAAUUUACAAAAAUUAGAUAACUUUGUAAAAAAUUAUAAUUCAGAUAUUUAUCAAUAUAAACAUGUACAAUCUAUUAUUUCGAAAUAUAAUACAUACAAAAAAAUUACCCCAGAGUCUUUUGCGGCUCACUUUGAGGCACAUACCUUAAAAAAAAUUCAAAACUAUUUAAAGCUACAAAAAUUACAUAAUACUUAA